AGAGGGAGGAGUAUAGGGUAGGGGGGAGGGGGGCCGAACUGAUCGCCCAUUAGAAGGGCCCGCCGCCCUUGCCCCACUGGCCACCAGCCACGCCGCCCCGCUUGCCCGCGCCUCCCCUCCACCGUCCCCGCCGCCUCGCCUAACCCUAUCGACGGAUCGGUGGCGUGAUGGCGUCGCAUCUCCCCGCCGCCGUGUUAUCUUCCCCUAUCCAGAAUCGAGUUUUUGAGCACCCACCCUGCUCUGUUCCCCGCUGGCGACUGCGACCCCCCCGCAUCUCCUCUCUUCUCGUCGGCCCUGUCCCCAGAUAUCGCGGGCAAUGGACUAAGCACAAGUACCAAAACCUGUUUGACUUGGUGAAGUUGGACUUGCAGGUAAAAGCUUAUCAAAAUUAUGAUGCUGGUAAUCGUCAGUUCAGAUACAACAUUGUCUGGGAGGAUAUUAGUGAGAAAUUGACAACCCGAAAUCGCAAGAAUUGCUGCAUUAAGUGUUGAUUUCAGACAGAAGUGCAGUGAUCGUAUCAUUAUCCAUGUAUUUCAUCGGAUUUGUCCAUACAAUAAUAAUACUUACAGUGUCCUCAAAAUGGGAAAAGUACAUGCAUUUUGGUUAUUUUAGGUGAUAAAAGUUGAUAGGCUCGGUCUCCGUACCAUAGUAAUCUAUACCUAUAUUUAAAAAAUAUGUAAGUAUUCCGUAUUUCUUUUUUCGCCCUCUUUUUCUUUUUUUCCGUCAUUUUUUCCUCCUUUUUUUUUGCCAUCCACUUUUUUCUUGCUGUUUCUUCGCUAUUCGGCGCGCCCUUUUUGGUCAUUUUUCUCUUUUUUUUCAUCCGCUUUUUUGCCGAUAUUUUUAAGUUGCUGUUUUUUUUCACGCGUUUUUUCAGUUUUUUUCAUCCGCUAUUUUUUGCAUGGUUUUUUUCGUCCUUUUUUUUUCUUUCAUCCGCUUUUUCGCUAUUUUUUUACGUCAUAUUUUUUUGGCACGUGGUAAGAAUUCAGUUUUUUUUUAUCCACUUGGUUUUUUUUCCUGUCAUCGGGAUUUAAUCUUCAACAGCCAUCCAGGCCGAAUCCUAGCGUCGCUGCCACGUUAAUCUGCCUCCCCAUUCGUUUCCUUCUUCAAUUUAUUUGCAAAAAUUGAUUCUGCACUACUUGGUCAUCAUUUUCUCCUUCAUUUUCUAUUAUUAUUUGGUUUUACUUCACCGGAUUUAAUCUCCAUUUUAACAAUCGCCGUUUUUGUCCCAUGUUUUACGGAAUAAAACCGGGAAGAGAAGAUCGAGUGGAUAAAAACCCUCAACCAUUAAUUUUGGUGAUGGGAGGAUCGAGAAAGAUUCGACCGGAUUUGAUGGGAGGAUCAGCUCCUGCAUCGUAGGCACUUCAGACGGCUGUUAGUUGUGCGAGCUAGACCUACAGCUCCACUUAUGGGUUUAGCUGGCUUAAAAGGAAGAAAGUAAUGGGUUUGUAGUCGAAAACCAUCGAAAACCAAGGAAGUAGUGUAAUGCAUAGCGAUAAAAACGGUUUUACCCGUUGCUUCGCACGGGCAUUAUUUCUAGUAUGAGAAAUAAACAACUAUGGUUCUAUAAUACAUGAUUAUAUUUUUCCUAUUUUCUUGGACCCUUUUGUAAUAUUCAUAAUCUUUUCGAUUCUGUUGCUCCAA